CGAGAGGAGGACACACCACACGCAGUCACACGAAGAGAAAGGAUAAAGGAGGAGUGGCGGAUCGAGAGAGGAGAAGAACGAGAGAGCGUGCAGAGGGAAGGAAAUAGCACAUGGUGUGAAAAAUGCCCACCAACUUCACGGUGGUCCCGGUGGAGGAUGGCAAGCGCUCCCCGCGGGAUCUCGACGACAACGACGACAACGUCCUGCGGGAGGAGGACGAGGAGGCGCCGGAGUCCCCCGUGCCAGGCGAUGGCAAUCCAAAAGAGAGCAGUCCGUUCAUCAACAACACAGACAACGACAAAGGAACUCUCUAUGACGGGAAGAACAUGGCUCUCUUUGAGGAAGAGAUGGACAGCAACCCCAUGGUCUCGUCUCUGCUCAACAAGCUGGCCAACUACACCAACCUCACACAGGGCGUCAUCGAGCACGAGGAGGCCGACGAGGACGAAGGCUCCAAGAAGAAGACGGUCAAGAGCCCACAGAUGGGCACCUUCAUCGGGGUCUACCUGCCCUGCCUGCAGAACAUCCUGGGCGUCAUCCUCUUCCUGCGUCUCACCUGGAUCGUCGGCACCGCCGGCAUCAUGGAGUCCUUCGCCAUCGUCUUCAUGUGCUGCGCCUGCACGAUGCUGACCGCAAUAUCAAUGAGCGCAAUUGCUACAAACGGUGUGGUACCAGCCGGGGGCUCCUACUACAUGAUUUCCAGGUCGCUGGGCCCGGAGUUCGGCGGGGCCGUGGGGCUGUGCUUCUACCUGGGCACCACGUUCGCCGGGGCCAUGUACAUCCUGGGCACCAUCGAGAUCCUGCUGACCUACAUCGUGCCCAGCGCAGCCAUCUUCAAGGCGGAGGACAAGGAGUUUGCGGCGGAGGCCAUGCUGAACAACAUGCGCGUGUACGGCACCUGCUGCCUGGCCUUGAUGGCCGUGGUGGUGUUCGUGGGCGUGAAGUACGUCAACAAGCUGGCGCUGGUCUUCCUGGCCUGCGUGGUGCUGUCCAUCCUGGCCAUCUACGCCGGCGUCAUCAAGACGAUCUUCGAGCCGCCCGAUUUCCCGAUCUGUCUCCUUGGCAACCGGACCCUGCAGAACCACAACUUCGACAAGUGUCUGAAGACGGAGGAGAUAGGCAACGAGACGGUGACCACCCAGCUGUGGAGCCUGUUCUGCAGCGGCCCUGAGCUCAACGCCACCUGCACCGAGUACUUCAACCUGAACAACGUGACCGAGAUCCAGGGCAUCCCCGGGCUGACCAGCGGGGUCAUCUCAGAUAACCUGUGGGGAGACUACGGCCCUGCUGGGAUGCUGGUGGAGAAGAACAACUAUCCGUCCGUGCCGGCGACCGACAACUCCAACGACGUCUACAUGCCGUACGUGGCCAACGACAUCGCCACGUUCUUCACCCUGUUGGUGGGGAUCUACUUCCCUUCUGUGACCGGGAUCAUGGCGGGGUCCAACCGCUCCGGGGACCUGAGAGACGCCCAGAGAUCCAUCCCCAUCGGGACCAUCCUCGCCAUAGCGACCACCUCCUUCAUCUACAUUUCCAGCGUGUUGCUUUUCGGGGCCUGUAUAGAAAGUGUGGUGUUAAGAGACAAGUUUGGGGACUCGGUGAAGGGGAACCUGGUGAUUGGCACGCUGUCCUGGCCCUCCCCCUGGGUCAUCGUGAUUGGCUCCUUCUUCUCCUGCUGCGGGGCGGGGCUGCAGAGCCUCACUGGCGCCCCCCGGCUGCUGCAGGCCAUCGCACGCGACGGCAUCGUGCCCUUCCUACAGGUCUUCGGUCACGGUAAAGCCAAUGGGGAGCCCACAUGGGCUCUUCUCAUGACGGCCGGGAUCUGUGAGAUCGGGAUCCUCAUCGCCUCUCUGGACGCCGUGGCCCCCAUCCUGUCCAUGUUCUUCCUGAUGUGCUACCUCUUUGUGAACCUGGCCUGUGCCGUCCAGACCCUGCUCCGGACCCCGAACUGGAGGCCCCGCUUCAAGUUCUACCACUGGGCUCUGUCCUUCCUGGGGAUGAGUCUGUGUCUCUCCCUGAUGUUCAUCUGCUCCUGGUACUACGCCCUGGUAGCCAUGCUGAUCGCCGGGUGCAUCUACAAGUACAUCGAGUACAGAGGAGCGGAGAAGGAGUGGGGCGACGGGAUCCGAGGCCUGUCGCUAAACGCCGCCCGCUACGCCCUCAACCGGCUGGAGGAGGCCCCGCCCCACACCAAGAACUGGAGGCCGCAGCUGUUGGUGCUGCUGAACCUGGACGCGGAGAUGGGGGUGAAGCACCCCCGCCUGCUCUCCUUCACCACGCAGCUGAAGGCGGGGAAGGGCCUGACCAUCGUGGGCUCCGUGCUGGAGGGCACCUACAUGACCAAGGAGGCCGAGUCCAAGAAGUCCGAGCAGAACAUCAAGUCCUCCAUGGCCGCGGAGAGGACCAAGGGCUUCUGCCACGUGGUGGUGUCGUCGAACCUGAGGGACGGCUGCUCGCACCUGAUCCAGUCGGCCGGGCUGGGGGGCAUGAAGCACAACGCCGUGCUGAUGGCCUGGCCCGCCAACUGGAGGCAGGGGGACGACUCCGUCAGCUGGAAGAGCUUCAUCGAGACGGUGAGGGAGACCACGGCGGCCCACCAGGCCCUGCUGGUGGCCAAGAACAUCGACACCUUCCCGGCCAAUCAGGAGCGGCUGAAGGAGGGCACCAUAGACGUGUGGUGGAUCGUGCACGACGGCGGCCUGCUGAUGCUGCUGCCCUUCCUGCUGCGCCAGCACAAGGUGUGGAGGAAGUGUAAGAUGCGCAUCUUCACCGUGGCCCAGAUGGACGACAACAGCAUCCAGAUGAAGAAGGACCUGCAGAUGUUCCUGUACCACCUGCGGCUGGACGCUGAGGUGGAGGUGGUGGAGAUGCACGACAGUGACAUCUCAGCCUUCACCUACGAGAAGACCCUGGUGAUGGAGCAGCGCUCGCAGAUGCUGAAGCAGAUGCAGCUCUCCAGAACGGAGCGGGAGAGAGAGAUUCAGAGCAUCAGCGACGAAUCGCGGAGCUCCAUCCGCCGGAAGAACCCGGGCGGGGCCUCCGGCGCCCCCGGCAACAGCCAGGACGGCUUCCAGCCCGACGAGGGCAAGCAGGACGAGGCCCAGCUGGUCCACGACAGGAACACGGCGUCCCACGCAUCCCUGAACGCUAAGGGCGAUGCCACCCCGGACCGCGUCCACAUGACCUGGACCAAGGAGAAGCUGAUCACGGAGAGGAACCGCAUUCGCGACCCCAGCGUGGGCGUGCGCGACCUCUUCAACAUGAAGCCAGAGUGGGAGAGUCUGAACCAGUCGAACGUGCGGAGGAUGCACACGGCGGUCAGGCUGAACGAGGCCGUGGUCAACAAGUCCCAGGGCGCCCACCUGGUGCUGCUCAACAUGCCGGGGCCGCCCAAGAACAAGGGCGGCGACGAGAACUACAUGGAGUUCCUGGAGGUGCUGAUAGAGGGGCUGAAUCGGGUGCUGCUGGUCCGCGGCGGCGGCCGGGAGGUCAUCACCAUCUACUCGUAACGCCGCCUCCGCCUCGCCCCAGGAGAGCGCGCAGCGCUACCAGGGAUCGCAGGAGACUCGCGCGCGCGGGGGACGGGAGGGGGAGGGUCACAGCCGGUUUUUUUUUCGGGACGGCGGUCUUCCGAGGCUCCCGACGAGGCUGGGCCAGUCGAGUGACUCGCACAGCUGCCGAAAAAAAACGCUCUUCUCACGCUGCCCCGGAGGACGUAGCAUGCAGACACUUUAAUUAAUUUCCGUGUGUAAAAAAACGUGUUUUUCUGUGUUCUCUGUUUUCUGCUGUUCUUCUUCUUCUGUGUGUGUGGGUGUUUUUUUGGGGGGGUUUUUUUACGUCUGUCGUUACUGAGUGUAAAUUCAGCAGGGGAACGCCAGGGCAAACGCGGACAUGGUCUCGUUUUUUUGCCAUUUUGUUCUUCGGUUGUUCGAUUUGUUUUAGUGAAGCAAUACAGGAAGGACUGGCCAGGAAAGGCAAGCGGCCAUCUCUUUCCCUGAUUGGCUCCCUCAGGUCACGUGGGGCGGGAAUCGGGUUUUAGAUCAGCGUAUAUACCCGUAACGGUUUUUCUCAUGAAACAGUCUUGUUGCAGCAGUGGUUUUUCCAUUUCUAAACAACCAGCUAAGAAACAAGAAUUUUAGAUGCUUAUCUUGCAACCCUUUAUCUGUCUGUGGUUUCUUACACCAUGGGAAACAGGAUUUUGGCAAGGAGACUUGCGUGGUAGUUUUGGUGUCAGUGGUGUCUAGCGUGGUCGUAACAGCUGCGCUCGUGAGGAGAGUACCGUUUACAGUCGCCUCCAAAAGUAUUGGGACAGCAAGGUCAAUUCCUUUGUUUUUUGCUAUGCACUGAAGACAAUUGAGUUUGAGGUCAAAAGAUGUACAUUAGAUGACAGAUCCAAAUUUCAGCUUUUAUUUUCCGGUAUUUUUAUCUAGAUUUGUUAAACAACUUAGAACCUAUCACCAAUUUUGAACAGGAUGAAUUCUAAAGUCUACAAAUACAUUCUGUCUGCCAACAUGAGGAUGAAUGCGUCCAAACCAAUUGGGAGGAACAUCAUCAUGCAGCAAGACAAUGACCGAAAACACACUGCCAACACAAGUGUUAUAUACUUUCAAAUACUCUCUGUUCCAAUACUUUUGCUCACCUAAAAAUUGGGUGGUCUGAUACCAAAGGUGCUAUGUUCUUAGUAUUAGUUUAACACAUCUCGGUGUAAAUACCAGGAAAUAAAACCUGAAAUUCUGAACUCUUGUCUCAUUCAUCUUUUUAUCUCAGCCCCAAAUGUAUUCAGUGCAAAAACAAAGGAAUUGACUUUGUUGUUCCAAUACUUUUGGAGGGGACUGUAUGUUCCGUUUUUGUACAAUUAAGUUUCCUCUUUCGUCUACAGGGACCGUAAGGCCCUCUCCUGAGUGCUACGUGAGGAUCUUCUUCGUUUACUUUCAUUCAGUCGAUCAUUUCUCCAGUGAUAUCAUGGACCUACGCCAGGUUCCGUGUAAUUCCCCAGAUAAGGCGGGUGCAUUUACGUGAGGAGAAAAUGAGUUCCAGAACCUUCACUGGGUGCAUAAUCAAAGAGAAAUAAAAUGAAACGCGGGGUAUCCGAUUAAAGGGAUUUAUUUUUUUCUGUCCUCGGCUGUAGUGCUGUAGGGUUUAGCGUGGCACCUGGACUGAGGGACUGAAAGAGGAUUUUAGACGUGCAAUAUGCCUUCCGGCUGGGUUUCUCAAGCGUGAGUUGUUAGUUCAGCCCCUGUGGUCGCGGUCAAAGUCAAACCACGACAGACAGCUGUAGGAAAAUUAGGAAAAUAGCCAUAGUCCGUGCUGUAAUGGUGGGCUUUAUUAGCUGUUUGCAAGACAGAGAAUCUUCAGUGCGAUUGGAUGUAUUAUUGUGAGAUUAGAAGUGUGUUUUUCGUCGUCGUUUUAGUGCUGUGUGUGUGUGUGUGUGUGUGUGUGUGUGUGUGUGUGAGUGUUUGCUCUUGUUGGAAGCAGCCCAUUCUUCUGGGCGUUUCCUUUUUUUUAAGGCCAGUAACUGUCCGGUAAAUCAGAAUAAAUGUAGUCUUGUGUAGUACAAUUGUGCUUUCGCAGUUCCGCCCUAGGAAUUGCGUAUUUCUCCUUAGCUUUUACAGUACUUAGGAAAUGUCUUUAAAUGUCGUCAUAAGCGUGUAGGCACAUUUCAAAUAUGUUCAGCCCGUCGAUUUUGGCUACGUUUGUCUCCUCUGGCUCAACGCUGCGAAGAAAUCGAAAGCGGCCAUUUUACGUGGGCUUCGCUGCAUCCGUCACGUUCAGGCCAGCGACCUGCUCUGUGCACCGCGAGUCUCUGCCUCGGCUCGGUGUGGCCGUUCGGUUUCUAAGUCGCUGUAGAAAAUCAUCUGUCUUCAUUUCACACGCGCGUGUCAACCGUCAUGUUUUAGUAUGCCGAUAUGAUUCAGUUUUCACCUCAGAUUCCAACUGUUCAAUUUCAGGCCAAAAUCAUUCGGAAAAAAAAGUCUGUCUGGACAAGUGUUUUUGUCUUGUAAUGAGACUUUUCUCUCAAGUAAAUAUUAAAAAUAUUCGCUUGUUUUAAGUUACUUGACAACAAGUCAAAAAUUUUUUUAGCCCAUUUGCAAAACGUGAAAUGAGUCAAAAUAUCUUGCAUCACUGGCGAAAUGUUCCUUAUUUGGCAAAAACUGUUAAAGAAAUAAUAUUCUAAAGUCUUAAUCUAAGACUAAAAUAUUUGUUGAGAUUCACUUUUUUUUUUUGGCACUGUUCAUUUGAGUCUUGUAUGAUGGGUAUAUCACAGGGAGUGACAAUAUGAUUAUAUCAACAGCUGGCUUUACAGUGCUAAUUAACGAGACCAAAUGUCUCUUGAUUGGCUCUGCCCCUGUGAAUAUAAAGCAUGGAAACUGUUCCCUACACUUACACCUUAAACAAAAACAUUGUUUAAGACUACAAGACUUCAGAGCCCAAGGCUGGCCUAUGAAGCAGCUUACAGAGUACAAUGAUUCAGUUAAUCUGUUAAGAUUAUGAGUUAAUGUUACCUAUUAAUUAUAUGAGAAGCACGUUUGACCUUACUUCACGAUGCAGACACAGUAGGAU